GUUUUUGACCUUGUUUUUUGCUCAUGGACCCAAAGGAAUGCGAGCCGGGCCAGAUGUGAUCGCUUUUUAGUACAUCUGUGACAGCAAUCCAGAGUCCGCAGAGGUGUUCAGUAGUCAUGCAAUCACAGUGAGCAAAGGUCUUUUCCGAUGCUCCAGUCGUUCGUUCUUCAGCCUUCCACUUCACCACCACCGUGCCCGGUCCACCCGAACAGCCCCUGCCAUGGCACGACCACUUACCGGCGCGGAGAGAGCCCGUGUUCGGGCUCACAUGGAUCAUCUUGACAAGGCUAUGGCCGUUGUCACAGAGUCAGAGUUCGAUCCCGACAAGGUCAAUGCUGCUCACGAGGCGGCUGCCAGGGCGUAUCCCGUUAGCAAGGAAUUGUUCCAGGCUUAUAGAGCAGAGGUCCUGACAGAAAUGGCCGACCCCCUGAGGGUGUUGAACGACUUAUUUGAUAUCCUCAAACCAGACGCGCCUUGGGGUCUGGCCGUGUACCGUGCCUCAUACAACGACGAUGCGGCUUGGCAUCGUAUACUUUCUGUGCUCCGCCGAGAUAUCGAGUCAUCACUAGCAGUAUAUCAGGCUCAACCAGGCCUUCUCGCAAGACAUGAGUUGGUCGUUAUGGAUGAUCAGUCCAAAUUCGAAGGAGCAGGUCCCGAGAAGAUCCGCGAGCAUUUCAAUAGCUGGGCUGUAGAUGAGCUACAACGUAACUGGCGUGCCGACCGCGAGCCUGCGGCCAAGGACGAAAUAACUGGCGCAGCCGGCAGUACCGAUUAUCUGCACCAUGCUGGAUCUCGCUACAAUUUCUUUCUUCUUGUCGACGACAUCUGCCUCGAAUCCAUUGAGAUGAUGGACGAGCCCGUGUUCAAGCUCGUCAAGAGAAACUGGGCGCCCGAUAGAGAAGGAGACGAAGACGAUGAAGACGAGAAGUUUGACUGGGAGGGCGGAGAAACAAAUAGUGACCAUGAAGACGUCGGUUGGAUGUACGUCGACACCAGUGACUACGUUAAUGUUCAGGAUCAGUUGCAAGAGGAUGAUUUCUGGCCGGAAUUGUAUGUGAGGCCGCCGCUCAUGCGUUGGGAGGAUGAUUUCAAUAGGGCGCCUGGUUUCUGGCGACGGAACGCAUCUUCUGCAUAGAUAGGAUAAGACUACUUGCGCUACACAAAGGAAAGCAUAGACGUA